AUGUCAUUUUGGAUUCGAAGCGCAGAUUUUCUUGUAUCCUUCCCGAAGAGACGCUCAGUUACGACACUGCUCUCCGUCACGUACCUGGUUCGCCCAAAUGCCUCCCGGACCUGUCAAUUUGCGCGUUUCCGGUCGGAAUCUAUCCCCGUAUACCCUUGCCGUUAUGUUCUCCCGAUUCUCAUGAUACAGCACGACCUGUGUCAUACGGCCCAAUUGCAGAGCAUCUUGGAUGAAGGCAGGCCGCAUUCAGACGGUGGUAUCCAAAGACGGAGUUUUGACGUCCCUGACGCGUCUUUUGUGCUUCCCAUCUCUCAUCGCAAACAAAUGGACUCCUUAUGGGAUAAGGUCCUCCUCACGCAGCCUACGUCGGAACAGAUAUAA